UCUGGUGCCUGCACGGACCGGCGGGUGGGAGCAGCUGAGCCGCCGAGUUUAGCCCCCAGCGCCGCCUUGGGUGCCAGGAUCGGGGCCGCGCGCUUCUGACCAUGGACAUGUCUCCCGGGGAGCGCUUCAUUCUGCCCGCUGGAAAUUCCCCCCUAUGUGUUGGUGUCCCAAUUAAUGGAUUCUGACAUGGAUUAUGAGAGGCCAAACGUAGAAACUAUCAAGUGCGUCGUGGUUGGGGACAACGCGGUGGGCAAGACCCGGCUCAUUUGCGCCCGCGCCUGCAAUGCCACGCUGACCCAGUACCAGCUUCUCGCCACCCACGUGCCCACAGUCUGGGCCAUUGACCAGUAUCGUGUUUGCCAGGAGGUGCUGGAGCGCUCCCGGGAUGUGGUGGAUGAUGUCAGUGUGUCCUUGCGACUCUGGGAUACCUUUGGGGACCAUCACAAAGAUAGACGCUUCGCUUACGGAAGGUCUGAUGUCGUGGUUUUAUGCUUCUCCAUUGCUAACCCAAACUCCCUGCACCAUGUUAAGACCAUGUGGUACCCAGAGAUCAAGCACUUCUGCCCCCGAGCACCUGUCAUCCUGGUGGGCUGCCAGCUUGACCUUCGCUAUGCCGACCUGGAAGCCGUCAAUCGAGCCAGACGACCCUUGGCCAGGCCAAUCAAACCCAAUGAGAUUCUGCCACCAGAGAAGGGGAGGGAGGUGGCCAAGGAGCUGGGCAUCCCCUAUUAUGAGACCAGCGUGGUAGCCCAAUUCGGCAUCAAGGAUGUCUUUGACAACGCCAUCCGGGCUGCCCUUAUCUCCCGCCGGCACCUGCAGUUCUGGAAGUCCCACCUCCGCAACGUCCAGAGGCCGCUGCUCCAGGCCCCUUUCCUGCCUCCCAAGCCACCCCCACCCAUCAUCAUGGUCCCAGACCCCCCUUCCAACAAUGAGGAGCACCCGGCCCACCUGCUGGAAGACCCACUGUGUGCAGAUGUAAUCCUAGUGCUGCAAGAGAAGAUCAAAAUCUAUGCCCACAAGAUCUACCUCUCCACCUCCUCCUCCAAGUUCUAUGACCUGUUCCUGAUGGACCUGAGUGAGGAGGACCAGCAGGGGGUGGCUGGGGGCAGUUCCGGGGCUGCCAUCUCCACCGCCGCCACCGAGCGGACGCUGCACCAGGAGGAGAGGCACCACGGGCGCGACUUCCUCCUCCGAGCCGCCAGCUUCGACAUCUGCGAAAGUACCGAGGAAUUCAGCUCCAGCCAGCAUCCACCGUGCCUUAGAGCCUCCACUAGCGAUGGGAUCCUGCGAGGCAACAGCUACGAGAAAGGGCAGCGCGGGCUGAGACGGGGGAGGAUCCUGUCCUCCUGGAGCCGUGCCUUCGUCAGCAUCCAGGAGGAGAUGGCCGAUGACCCCCUGACCUACAAGUCCCGGCUCAUGGUGGUGGUGAAGAUGGACCCUUCCAUCCAGCCGGGUCCCUUCCGGGCGGUGCUCAAGUACCUGUACACGGGGGAGCUGGACGAGAAUGAGCGGGACCUCAUGCACAUUGCCCACAUCGCUGAGCUGCUGGAGGUCUUCGACCUCAGGAUGAUGGUGGCCAACAUCCUGAACAACGAGGCGUUCAUGAACCAGGAGAUCACCAAAGCCUUUCACGUCAGGAGGACCAACCGUGUGAAGGAGUGCCUGGCCAAGGGGACUUUCUCUGAUGUCACCUUCAUCCUGGACGACGGUGCUAUUAGUGCCCACAAACCCUUGCUCAUCUCCAGCUGCGACUGGAUGGCUGCUAUGUUCGGGGGUCCGUUUGUGGAGAGCUCCACCCAAGAGGUGGUGUUCCCUUACACCAGUAAGAGCUGCAUGCGGGCUGUUCUCGAGUACCUGUACACCGGCCAGUUCAGCUCCAGCCCGGACCUCGACGACAUGAAGCUCAUCAUCCUGGCCAAUCGGCUGUGUCUGCCGCACCUGGUGGCUCUCACAGAGCAGUACAUGGUGGCGGGCCUGAUGGAGGCAUCACAGAUGUUGGUGGAUAUCGAUGGGGACGUCCUCGUGUUCCUGGAAUUGGCGCAGUUCCACUGCGCAUACCAGCUUGCAGACUGGUGCCUUCAUCACAUCUGCACCAACUACAACAAUGUCUGUCGGAAGUUUCCCCGGGAUAUGAAGGCCAUGUCAGCAGAGAACCAGGAGUACUUUGAGAAGCACCGCUGGCCACCGGUCUGGUACCUGAAGGAAGAGGAUCACUACCAGCGGGCCAAGAAGGAGCGCGAGAAGGAAGACUACCUCCACCAGAAACGGCAGCCCAAGAGGAGGUGGCUUUUCUGGAAUACCUCCUCCUCCCCUUCCUCAUCAGCAGCCACAGCCUCCUCCUCCUCCUCUUCGUCCUCCUCCUCCUCCUCGGCUGUGGUUUGACAGCCCCCCUUGCCCUCGCUCCAGUGUCCCUGUGAGAAAGCGGCAGCCGACUGACCCGUACCAGCAUCUGGUCCACCAAGCUUGGAGUAGACACCACCAGCUAAGCCCUUCAGUGGAGAAUGUUGGAAGAGUCUCCUUGGUAGAGUGGGCACAUGCCAUACAGGGGGGCUCAGGACCUUGAGUCCCUGGAUCCCCUUAGGAGUUGUCCAGGGUCAUGAUCUCUGCUGUAGUUGCUCUGGCUGGAGACAAGGACAGGGUGGUUGUUAGAGCAGGCCCCCACAGGUGGGUUGCUGGCGCGCCGAAGGCUUUGCAGAGACUCAUCAGCAGGAGAACCUCAGUGUUACCGGAGCGUGAGCUUUCUUUUGUUUUAAAAACAAUAUUCUACAAGGAGAAAAAUGAAAUUCCUUCGGGUUCUGCUUUUGUUUUUUAACUGGAGGUUGUGUCUUGUUUUGUCCGAUGGCGACUCUCUCCUCCUCACCCCUGGGACAUUUCAAACCGCAGCAAGAACAUGCCCUGAGAUUUCCGCUGGGGCUCGUUUGACAGGGAGCAGCCUGUCUCUCUUUGCACUUACCUGCCUGGCUCUGGCCUCUGGAACAUUUGCUUAGGCAGGAUGCAUCUCCUGGGACCAGUCUAAGCCCGUACAACCUUCCAGGAAAGCCCCAUGGACACCUAAGCAGAUUCAGCCUAGGAAUCAGUCUCCCUUUGCUGCAGAUGGAGAGUAUAUUCACAAAGCAGCCAGCUCCUCUACUGACUGAGAACCCCACCCCAGUCCUCUGCCUUCCUUCCUGCUUAGUGAGCUCUCCCGGGAGGAUCUUGCAUUUAACAAUCCCAGCUGGGGU